AUGGGUUUCUUGUGUUCUUCUUCAAUCUUCUUAAAGCUCGGAAUUUCGAUAAUCUUUCUGGUUUUCUUCUCAGGUUAUACUCCUGCAGAAGCAUAUGAUCCAUUGGACCCAAGUGGGAACAUCACUAUCAAAUGGGAUAUCAUAACCUGGACCGGAGAUGGCUAUGUGGCGACUGUAACGAUAUACAAUUUCCAGCAAUAUCGCCACAUUCAAGCUCCAGGCUGGACAGUUGGAUGGUCAUGGUCAAAGAGAGAGGUCAUAUGGGGAAUGAAUGGAGGACAAACAACAGAGCAAGGAGACUGUUCAAAGUUCAAAGGAAACAUUCCUCAUUGCUGCAGAAAAACACCUUCUGUUGUUGAUCUCUUGCCUGGGACUCCUUACAAUCAGCAGACCGCUAACUGUUGCAGAGGCGGCGUGCUUAACUCGUGGGCUCAAGAUCCAUCAACCGCUGUUUCUUCGUUCCAGCUCACAGUUGGACAAGCUGGAACCACAAACAAAACCGUCAGGGUACCGAAGAACUUCACUCUCAAGGCUCCUGGACCUGGCUACACUUGUGGCCCUGGCAAGAUUGUUAAACCGACCAGAUUCAUUGGUACUGACAAACGAAGAGUUACACAAGCUUUAAUGACUUGGAAUGUAACUUGCACAUACUCGCAGUUCUUAGCUCAGAAGACACCUACUUGCUGUGUCUCGCUUUCUUCCUUCUACAACAGCACAAUAGUUCCAUGUCCAACAUGCUCUUGUGGAUGCCGAAACACUUCUCAGCCAGGGAAUUGUGUAGACUCAAAAGGUCCAAAGAUUGCAUCGGUUGUUCCAAAUCAAGGGAAGAACGUGUAUAAACCGCCACUAGUCCAAUGCACAAACCAUAUGUGUCCUGUUAGAAUCCACUGGCAUGUCAAGACUAACUACAAAGCUUACUGGAGAGUUAAAGUCACCAUCACGAAUUUCAACUACAACAUGAACUACUCGCAGUGGAAUCUGGUCGUGCAGCAUCCGAAUUUCGAUAACCUCACUCAGACUUUCAGCUUCAAUUACAAACCCUUGACUCCUUAUGCUUCUAUAAAUGAUACUGGGAUUCUGUGGGGAGUGAAGUUCUACAAUGAUCUGUUGAUGCAAGCUGGACCAUAUGGUAAUGUACAAUCGGAGCUGCUUUUCCAGAAAGAAGCAUCAGCUUUCACACUUGAGAAAGGUUGGGCGUUUCCAAGAAGAAUCUAUUUCAAUGGAGAUAUCUGUGUGAUGCCUCCUCCUGACUCUUACCCUUGGCUUCCCAAUACCGGUUCACGCAAACCAAUCGGUUCUCGGUUUACAGCUGUCACGGCAUUAAUCUCCUUGUUACUGACUGUCUUCUUACAUGGGAGCUUGUAA